AUUACCUGUUUUCUCUGAUUACGUUGAUUGUUGGUCCAGUUAUCGAGCUAAUUCUGAUUUUCCAACUCCAUAUGGUUUUUUUUCACCAAAAAAUGAAUCUCAUCAAUCAGAUGAAGUUAGUGUUCCUUUUCAAAGAAAAGUCGUAAUGUGGUCUGGAUGGUUUCACAUUGUCAUGCUCCUUCGGGAAGGCAUGAAUAUGUUGAAGAGUUAGCUCGUUACAUUGAUGUUGACAUUUAUGGUGAAUGUGGUCCAUUCAAAUGUCCACGUUCCGAGGGAUCACAUUGUUACGAAUAUUUUGAGAAAAAGUAUCGAUACUACUUGUCUUUCGAGAAUUCAAUUUGUAACGAUUAUUUUACAGAGAAACUACUCAAUCUUCUUAAUUACACAAUCAUUCCGAUUGUUCUUGGUGGAGGUAAUUAUUCAUACGUUUUACCAAAUCAUUCGUAUAUUGAUGCGCUUUCAUUUAAAUCACCUCGAGACUUGGCGAUGUUAUUACUGAGUUUAUCUGCAGAUGAGAGAAGAUAUAAUUCAUAUUUUGAGUGGAAAUCUCGAUUCACAGUCAACAAUAACGAUUACCGAACACUUUCUUGCCAAAUAUGUCCCAAAUUGAAACAGUUAACUCAAAAUGAAUUUUUAUCAUCAAAUGUAUUAUGUAAUCGUCGACAUAAAGACUUGGAUAAUUGGUGGUACAAUGAAGGAUGGUGUAAGUCAUGGAGUCCAUGGAAUCGAUUCAAAUUCUGGUCAUAGUCAAGUAACUGAACAGUUCAAUUUCGACUUGAACUGGCAAAACAUUAAGCAAAGAUUUUCACUAAACAAUCAAGAUCUAGUUCCACUAUUUCAACAGUAUAAUUGUUACAGAUUUUCUCACAAGCCAGUAACUUUCUCAUUAAGAUGACAAUUACAUGUAAAAGUGGUUUCAAAUCAAAAUCUAAUCGCUUCCAUUUCCAAAUGGAUCUUGAAUUCGCUUAUCAUGUAUUCUGAAGUUGUAAAAAUUUUUGU